UUAUAGUUCCUUCAGAAUGGGCAGUCUUCCUUCAGAUGCAUCUGGACAACAGCAGCAUCGGGUCAUGGAGAAGUGUCCCUAGAUUCACCAAGUACGGAGGACAUCCUUUCAACUGCAGGCCUUUCUUUAGCAACGCAAAUGUAUGCGGGGGUAUCAACUCAAGUUUGGGUGGCGAAUUAUCGCUUAUCCAGCUGCUGUCAGCGGGAUUUCCGACCUUAAGCGCAUCGACUCAGACCCUGAGCUCUGCAAGUACCCGCAGGGUGCUGCGAGAGCACCGGGGAGAAGAUGAAUAUCCAGGUUGUGCCAGAACACAAGCUCUCAUCGGUGGCCCCGCUGAAGCAGUGCAAUGUGGAGAAAAGGGAGGUAGAACUGAUACUGGUGAAGGACCAGAAUGGCGUCCAGUACACCAGUUCCUCCAUCAUCCCCUCCCCUGGCCACCUCGCAGGUCCCCCCGGAGCCACCGAGGAGGAACGAGAAACUUGGGGCAAGAAAAUGGACUUUCUCCUGUCGGUUAUUGGCUUCGCGGUGGACCUGGCCAAUGUUUGGAGAUUUCCGUAUUUGUGCUACAAGAAUGGAGGAGGUGCCUUUUUGAUCCCGUACAUUCUUUUCCUGGUCAUUGCGGGGAUGCCAUUGUUCUACAUGGAGCUUGCCUUGGGCCAGUACAACAGGGAAGGGGCAGCUACAGUUUGGAAGAUUUGCCCUGCCUUUAAAGGUGUGGGCUACACUGUGAUCAUCAUAGCCCUGUAUGUUGGCUUCUACUACAAUGUCAUCAUCGCCUGGUCCCUCUACUACCUGUACUCCUCCAUGACCAGGGAUCUGCCGUGGCUGUUAUGUGGAAACAUCUGGAACAGCCUGAACUGCACCGACCCCAAAGCUGUCAACGGGUCCCUCCUUGGCAACGGGUCCUACUCCAAGUACAAGAUGACCCCGGCAGCAGAGUUUUAUGAACGGGGUGUGCUGCAUCUCCACGAGAGUAGGGGUAUCCAGGACCUUGGCCUGCCCCGCUGGGAGCUGACUCUGUGUCUGGUGGUGGUGCUCUUCAUCCUCUACUUCAGCCUGUGGAAAGGUGUCAAAUCCUCAGGGAAGGUGGUGUACAUCACAGCUACCAUGCCCUACAUUGUCCUUGUUGUCUUGCUGAUCCGAGGCAUAACUCUACCUGGAGCCAAGGAUGGCAUCAAGGCCUACCUCAGCAUAGACUUGAAGCGGCUCAACAAUCUGGAGGUGUGGAUUGAUGCUGCCACCCAGAUAUUCUACUCACUGGGAGCAGGCUUUGGGGUGCUCAUUGCUUUUGCCAGUUAUAACAAAUUUGACAACAACUGCUACAGGGACGCUCUCCUGACCAGCACUGUGAACUGCGUCACUAGUUUCUUAUCAGGGUUUGCCAUCUUCUCUGUGCUCGGAUACAUGGCUUAUAAACAUGGAGUGAACAUAGAAGAUGUGGCAACAGAGGGGGCAGGACUGGUGUUUAUCAUCUACCCCGAGGCGAUCUCUACUCUGCCUGGCUCGACGUUUUGGGCUAUUGUGUUCUUCAUAAUGCUGCUGACUCUGGGCAUUGACAGCUCGAUGGGCGGCAUGGAGGCGGUGAUCACAGGCCUGUCGGACGAUUUUAAAUUCCUCAAGAGGAACAGAAAGGUCUUCACCUUCGCCACGGCCUUUGGAACGUUCCUGGUUGCUCUCCUCUGCAUCACCAAUGGUGGGAUCUACGUGCUGACCCUGUUAGAUAAGUAUGCAGCGGGGACCUCUAUACUGUUUGCUGUUCUGAUCGAGGCCAUUGGAGUGUCAUGGUUUUACGGUAUGAAACUCUACGGUACUUUUUUACCCCACGAUUUCUCCAUUUAA